AUCACGAGCGCAGCGGAGUUGGAGAGACUACCAACUACAUAACAUUUUCGAUGGAUGAGGUUGUAUUGAAAAGACAACAACGAUGAGUGAACAACGACGUUCGAUUUUUGCACAAAAUUAUAAAGCUGGACCACAUGGUCUAGGUGACCCCGAUGACAAACGUUUAAGAAAAAUUGAGAAAGAUGUACUCAUACCACAAAAAAUGAGAGAUAGAGCAAAAGAAGAAAAAUGUGUCAAAGAAGUUCAAGAGUUUGCCAAAUGUUGUAAAGAUUCUAAUUUUUUGAUGGUAUUUAGAUGCAAGGAAUUAAACAAUGCAUUAAUAUCAUGUUUAGAAUUAUGGUAUAAAGAUCCACAGUUUAAAAAUGAAUGUACACAAGCAUAUUUAGAAGAAAGAAGUGAAUAUAGAAGAACCGGUAUACCUAAAUCAUCAAAAAGAAAAAGAGCUGUAUCAUCAAGCUAAGUUAAAGGAUUCCAUCUUCUCCAUAAUACUUCUCUUACAGAAAAUUCUGACAGUAUGUCUACAUUAAAUGAGGUAGAUGUUUCAGAAGUUGAAGAUGGCCAUAAAACUUGUGCAAAUAAUAUUUCCUAUAUAUAAAAUAUGUACAAUGAAAAUUGUUAUAGAUAAAAA